AGAGAUUGGCUCAAUUGUCAGGUCACUGGGUUGCUUCCCAACUGAGGCAGAACUACAUGAACUGCUUGCAAAGGUAGAAGAAGAAGAACCGACCGGAUACAUUCAGCUGGAAAAAUUUCUGCCAGUGAUGACAAAAGUACUACUCGACAGAAGCUACCCGCCUAUUCCAGAAGAUGUUCUUCUACAUGCAUUUGAGGCUUUGGAUGAGAAUAAAUGUGGAUGUGUUACUAAAGAGGAGCUGGUCAAAUAUUUGACUGAAGAAGGUGAGCCCUUUACUCAGGAAGAAAUGGAGGACAUGCUCUCCACAGCUCUAGAUCCAGAAACAAAUACUGUUCGCUACAGAGACUACAUUUCAAUGAUGAUAGUAGAUGAAAGUUAA